UUCUUGCGGAGAUAGUGGACUCCGGGCAGGUGUUGGCGCGCGGUGCGGUGAAUUUUUUCCGAAGUCAGCCUCCCUGCUCACCGCAUCAUGGCCACCGACUCGUGGGCCCUGGCAGUGGACGAGCAGGAAGCGGCUGUCAAGUCGAUGAGUAAUUUGCAAAUCAAGGAAGAAAAAGUCAAACCAGAUACCAAUGGUGUUAUUAAAACCAGUGCCGCUGCAGAGAAAACAGAUGAAGAAGAGAAAGAGGACAGAGCUGCCCAGUCUUUACUCAACAAGCUGAUCAGAAGCAACCUUGUCGAUAACACGAACCAAGUGGAAGUCCUGCAGCGGGACCCAAGUUCCCCGCUCUACUCUGUGAAGUCCUUUGAGGAGCUUCGGCUGAAACCACAGCUUCUCCAGGGAGUCUAUGCCAUGGGCUUCAAUCGACCCUCCAAGAUACAAGAGAAUGCAUUACCCAUGAUGCUUGCUGAGCCGCCACAGAACCUGAUUGCUCAGUCUCAGUCAGGUACUGGUAAAACAGCCGCCUUCGUCCUGGCCAUGCUCAGCCGAGUGGAACCAGCAGAGAGAUACCCCCAGUGUUUGUGCCUCUCCCCAACAUAUGAGUUGGCACUUCAAACGGGAAAAGUGAUUGAGCAGAUGGGCAAAUUUCAUCCGGAACUAAAGCUUGCUUAUGCUGUUCGAGGCAAUAAAUUGGAAAGAGGUCAGAAGAUCAGUGAACACAUUGUCAUUGGCACCCCUGGGACUGUUCUGGACUGGUGCGCCAAGCUCAAGUUCAUUGACCCUAAGAAGAUCAAGGUGUUUGUUCUGGAUGAGGCUGACGUGAUGAUAGCUACUCAGGGCCACCAAGACCAGAGCAUCCGCAUCCAGAGGAUGCUGCCCAGGAACUGCCAGAUGCUGCUUUUCUCUGCCACCUUUGAAGACUCUGUAUGGAAAUUUGCCCAGAAAGUGGUCCCAGACCCAAACAUUAUCAAACUGAAGCGUGAGGAGGAGACGUUGGACACCAUCAAGCAGUAUUACGUCCUGUGCAAUAACAGAGAUGAGAAGUUCCAGGCCUUGUGUAACCUCUACGGGGCCAUCACCAUUGCUCAGGCCAUGAUCUUCUGCCACACCCGCAAAACGGCUAGUUGGCUGGCAGCAGAGCUCUCCAAAGAAGGCCACCAGGUGGCUCUGCUGAGCGGCGAGAUGAUGGUGGAGCAGAGGGCUGCGGUGAUCGAGCGCUUCCGAGAGGGCAAAGAGAAGGUGCUGGUGACCACCAACGUGUGUGCCCGCGGUAUUGAUGUUGAACAGGUAUCUGUCGUCAUCAACUUUGACCUUCCCGUGGACAAGGAUGGGAACCCGGACAACGAGACCUACCUGCACCGGAUCGGGCGCACGGGCCGCUUUGGCAAGAGGGGCCUGGCAGUGAACAUGGUCGACAGCAAGCACAGCAUGAACAUCCUGAACAGAAUCCAGGAGCAUUUUAAUAAGAAAAUAGAAAGAUUGGACACAGAUGAUUUGGAUGAGAUUGAGAAAAUAGCCAACUGAGAAGCUCCGUCAGUCACCAGUGCCCACCCCUGGUGCUCCCCCUGCACGGGAGACUGGUGCUUUCACGGCACAGGCCUCGACAGUCGCCACAAAGAAGAGGAGGCAGAGGAGAGAGAAACUACCUACCUCAUUUUAAAUUACGUUUGGACUAGACAAAAAUUGUGCAAAUGAUUGGGGAAGGUAGAAGGAAAAUUUUACAUUUUGGAAAAUUUAGUCCUCCCCCCACCUCUGCCCUUUUAUGCUAUGGUUUUCCCCAUCUUUAUAAUAAUCUGGUUGCUGUUGGUAAUGGCUGAGCCUAGGGUCCCCUGCUUGUUUUGUUGUGGGGUGUUAGGACCCAUUUCCAGUCUCUGAAGAAAUGGUCGAUGUAGGUGCAGGAGAGGCUCAGCAGCACAGGCAUGGGAGCCCCACUGCAUGGAUGGAGUGUGGGGAGCAGCAGCGGGGAGACCUGGGAGCGCUCUCCCUUCUCUGUCCCUGACCGGAGACCUGCCACCAAUGUCUCCCGCCCUUGAGGCCAUCUUCCUUCUCCUAAAUCCAGAGAUGUUCUGGCUGACCCCUUUUACCCCUGUUUUCAGUACCAGAGGAUGUCCCUGCUUCUCUCUGGGUGAGCACAUUGUAAACCUCCGAUUUGGAGAGAGACAUGGAAAUCAGCGAAUCUUCAGAGGACUUGGUCUGGCAAGGGUAGACGAAUCCUGUGAGAAUCUGGGACUUCCCUUUCCUGUGGUUGCUGUGUCUGCUCAGGCACUGGGAGUCAGUCAUGGCAGCCAGGGGAGACCAGGUGUGUUUCUGACACGCACCUGGCCAAGUGAGUUGAUUCUUAUCGGUGGGUGUCACACCGUGCCUGGAGAUGAGCAGGAGAAUUUGGAAAGGAAGUUAUGACCAAGUUAAAACUCUGCUCUUUCUUUAUCCAUAAUAUUGGACCUAUUGGUUACUUUAAUUCAUACAUCACCUAUAUGAAUAAGGACAGAGAAAUUCGAGUUAUACCCAUCAUUAUGUUAAGAAAUUUUAAAGUAAUUAUGAAAGGCUUUACUAAUCAUGAUUUGUUUUUAUUUGUAUUUUUCUGCUUAUUAGACUAAUAUAUGCUCAUUAAAAAAGGUGUGUGUGUGUGUGUGUGUGUGUACACACAUAUAUAAAGUACAAGUGCUCUCUGUCUCCACCUCUCUGGGACAACCAUUGCUAGCAUUUUGGUGAACAUUUGAUAUAUUUCCUUCUGUUUGCAUAUCCACUUAAAAAAAUUUUUUUUUUUUU